AUGUCUCAAGAAAGGAACUUCGCGUCGUUUCCAGCCCGUCGGCGAGAUGUAGAUGAGAGCUCUGACAUGUACGCCGCGAGUCUCCCCGUCGGUCAACCCAUGGGUCCAGAGUCAGCUUCACGCGCGCGGAACAUGGGCGAUCCACGGUCCGCUUCCAGCCAUCGGGGAACACGCUCGGUCCGCAGUGGUAGUAGUCGCAGCGGACACUCCUCUGCACGAAGCGGGAGUCGGAGCACAAAUUCUUCGAGAGGCGGAAGUCGAAGCACUCAUUCAUCCAGCCGAGUUACUCGACGACGCGUUGUCAGGUCAGCCAAGUCAAAGCAUGCCUCCAGGGUUAGUGCGAAGGCGAGAAUUAGUUUUGCGUUUGGGAUCACACUCCUCAUUGCAAUAAUCAUAUAUGCGGUGUUGGCCUUUACGGGAACUGCCAGAGGAAUAAUGUUCCACGUGCUUUCCAUCCUACUUAUUCUGACCUUGGCCGGGGUGUUCUUUCACCAGUUCCUCAGUAUGUUGAUGCUGAAAAGACACGGCGCGAAACGUCGAAAUGGAACUAUGCAUGCGUCCAGACAUCGACAGGGACGAGGACCGGCCUCGAAAACCAUUGAAGACCGGGAUGAGAUGCCACCGGAGAAGCCGAUUCAAAUCCACAUGGGUUACGACGACGGCCUCGGUCCUGAUCUAGAGGCAGGAAAUGUCCCCACAGUUCCUAAACCGCCGCCCACGUACGGUAACACGCGAACGAGCAUGAGGAUCAACCCGAAUUUCGUAUACACCAAGCAGGUAGAAGUGGUGCCUUCGCCCCUGACCCCGACCUACGAUGAAGCCAUGUCCCAAGUGCAACAUUCAGUGGGAUACCGACCUCCAAGUUACCUCUCUGACGGCGGUGCCAGUGAAGUGAUUGCAAGUCGGCGACGAGACGUUGAUGCAGCACUCGAGAAUAUUCACCCUCUCGAACGUGAACGAAUGAGGACCUUGGCUGCUGAAGCUCUCGAAGGUCGGGGGCAUAAAGAAAUAUAGUCAGUUUGUGCGGAAGGAAACACCCCGGAUAGCUUGAGGCGAUGGCGACGCACACGACAAACACAAGGAAGGACUUAUUAUUGUCUUCUGGCUACAAGAAUGUCAAUGGUUACGAAACAAUCACAAUUUUAAACAAACAGGCUCAUUUGGGAAUUCAACAUUAUUCGGAGUAUCGACCUAUUUCAAGAGGACUUGUAUAACCAUGUUUGAAACUGAGGGGGUAUCAUGGGCAAUUUCCUUCAUGUAUUCCUCCUGGACUUUGAUCUUCAAUGGUAAACACACAGACACAAAACUCCGC